AUGUCGAAUCCAACCUCGACAUCAUCCGCAGCCACGUCCUUUCUCGGCAUAGAUGCAUUAUUUAAUAAUCCUCUCUUUGCCGGCGGCAUUGGCCUCGCCGGUUUGGGAGCCGCCGCGGCUCUCGCGCGACGCUCCGCCAUCCAGGGCGCCGGCCUCCUAAAGCGACGGCUUAUCGUCAACCUUGAGAUCAGCAAGCAGGACGACUCAUAUCAAUGGAUUUUGGCGUGGCUAUCUCUUCCACGGCCACCGGGCGGGUUUAUCGCCUCAAAGCUAACUCGAAUACACCACCUCUCCAUGAAAACUACCUCCCGAUCAGCCCAAAAUCGCCCCGCGCAUGCUCAUUUUUUCCUCCAGCCGGGCUAUGGCAGACAUAUUAUACGGCAUAAGAAUGCUUACAUCUCAGUUAAUCGUGAGAAGCAAGCUUCUGCAAAUCUCAACACUGGGGAACCGUUUGAGACGGUUACACUGACUACACUAUACGCACAUCGUCACAUAUUCGAGGACAUAUUCGCAGAAGCCCAUCAAUUAGCGGUAUCAGCCCAGGAAGGCAAGACGAUCAUGUAUACAUCGCGGGGCAUGGAAUGGGCACAAUUUGGAGAGGCUCGAAGAAAGCGUCCAUUACAUUCAGUGAUAUUAGAUCGUGGGAUCAAGGAACGGAUUUUGGAUGAUGUGAAAGACUUCAUGAGCAGACAACAGUGGUAUGUCGAUCGGGGUAUUCCGUACCGGAGAGGGUAUCUGCUCUAUGGCCCCCCUGGGAGUGGUAAAAGCUCUUUUAUCCAGGCCUUGGCGGGUGAGUUGGAUUUUGGGGUAGCCAUCAUCAAUUUGAGUGAGAGAGGGAUCACGGACGAUAAGUUGGCACAUCUCAUGACCAGAUUGCCACCUAGGUCGAUCCUCUUGCUGGAGGAUGCCGAUGCGGCCUUUAUGAACCGGAAGCAGGUGGAAGCGGAUGGGUACAGCGGUGCAACAGUCACUUUCUCGGGGCUAUUAAAUGCCCUUGAUGGAGUGGCGGCUGGAGAAGAGAGGAUAGCAUUCUUGACGACAAACCACAUUGACCGAUUGGAUGAAGCUCUAAUACGGCCAGGCAGAGUCGACAUGACUGUCAGGAUUGGUGAGGCUACGAGAUACCAGGCUGCAGAAAUGUGGGACCGGUUCUAUGGGGAUAUUGAUAAAGAUGGAAAUGGACGACAACGUUUCUUGAAAAGACUGGAGGAGCUUGGUCUCGUUGCUAGCAUCGACGGAGAUACCAAAAAGAAGAACCUACACACGAGUACCGCCGCAAUCCAAGGAUUGUUUUUGUUCAACAAGGAUGAUAUGGACGGAGCCAUUGAGAUGGCUGAAGGUUUAAUUCCGAGGAUAUAUGAACCGGAGGCUCAAAAGGGCAUAACGGUGCCGGCAUGA